AUGCCCUACCUUCCCACCGCUCAGUCUUUUCUUGAGCAAGCAACACUCCUGAUCUCAGCCCGUCCCACCACCGCCCGAAUAACAACCAAAUACAAUGUACCGCACCCUGACCCACCGCCUCACCCCUACAAACCUUCGCUCAAACGAAAACCCGACACAUCCUCCACCACCUCCCCAGAUUACAUCGCCCUUAGAGAAAACACUGGAGAAAACCCAAAGAAGCGCAAACGGACAUAUGCAGAAACUAAGCAGCAGCCAAAUUUGAUGCUUAAAUGCUAUGAUCCAGCGGGCGGAACAUGUUUGAAAUAUCAGACUGACAAGGCGGCGGAAGUCGGGAGAUUGGUGGCUGCGCUGGGGAAAUGUGGGAGAAUCAUGGCGGGGCUACCUGCACCGGAGGAAGAAGGAGGGGAAAGGGAAGCCGUGGAAGCUGAGGCGCUGGAGAAAGCGAAUGCUGCGCCAUUAAAGGAGCCAGGUGGGGGAGUAAAGGGGAAGGAUGGGCCAAAGGAUGGGAAGCAACAGCAGAACCAGGGGCAGGGGCAAUCCGGGGCUGGGAAGAAGAAAAAGAAAGGGAAGAGGUGA